AUGAAAUCAUGGAAGAAGGUCGUGGUGGUUAGGAUGUUGGGAAGGUAUAUGGGUUAUAAAGCUUUAAGUGCUAAGUUGCAGGCUCUUUGGCAUUCGGAGGACAUGAAAAUUUUGGAGUUGGGUAAUGAUUUUUUCUUAGUUAGAUUUACAAAUGAGGCACAUUAUUGUAAAGCUUUGAUGGAUGGUUCUUGGAUUAUUUUGGGCAGUUACUUCUUGGUGCAACCAUGGACGCCAGAUUUUAGCAUUCAUAAGAAAGAUGUCAAUAAUGUGGUUGUUUGGAUUCGAUUGCCAGGUCUGCCAUUACAUUUGUAUAAAAAGAAAGUUCUUCGAGCAAUUGGGGAUGCUGUGGGGAAUGUGGUUAAGGUUGAUUAUAUGACGAGUGAUGCUUUAAGGGGGAAGUAUGCUACAAUUGCUGUUACGGUGAACCUCAAUGAGCCAUUAUUAGCGAAGUUCUAG